CUAUGAAACCAAGUGUCUAUAGUACCAAAUAACAAAGUACAGGAUUUGCAGAAAGAGAAGGAAAUGUAGUUUAUAAACUUAACCGGGAGUUUCUUCACGAGACCGAAAUGGAACAACUCCGGAAUCUGCUGAUCGUCUUAUGCAGUGCGACUUUAGUUAACGCUUUCCAAGAUGGUGGAGUUGGAGUCCUGGAGUCGAGCAGUGAUGCCCAGUCGUCCACAACACAAGCAGCUGUAUCUGAACACAUGACUGGCAUUGUGCAAGCUCUUCCAACACCACCUGAAGACAGAUUGCUGAAGUGUGUAUGUUCGGAUUGUGAUUCUGGAGUGUGUGAGACGGAUGGUUACUGCUUUGUCACUAUUACUAUGAAUACUUAUGGAAAAACACAAACUGUGAAGAAGCAGGCGUGUUUGGACAAAAAGCAGCAGUUCCCUCCAGACCAUUCAUUCAAGUGCCGAGAUGGCCACACCCGCACUGACUACCUACGGAUGAAAGAAGAGUUAUACUGCUGCCGUCAUGACCUCUGCAACUCUGAGUUACCAACUGGUAAUCCACCCCUGCCUAGUUUGCUUACAGAGGCUCCCAGUCCAGGGAGUGGGCCUGGUAAAGGGGUUAGGGAAGUAAACACUUCAGAGUGGAAGUGGAGAGAUCUGACUUUGGUGGCUGCAGUGGCUGUGUGUCUCCUACUCAUCGUCGUCCUUGUUGCUGUGAUGUGCUACUGGCACCACCGAAAGCAACGAAGUGAAAGAAUCCGGCGAGGUUUCCCAGAUGUAGAAUCAAUCCUAGACCGAUCUGAAGUGCCGCUAAUGGGGCCCCAUACACCAAUCAGAGACUUUAUUGAACUAACCUCCAGUGGCUCUGGUUCAGGGUUACCAUUGUUAGUUCAACGAAGUAUUGCACGUCAAAUCCAGCUUAUAGAAAUUAUUGGUAAAGGACGGUUUGGAGAGGUGUGGCGAGGCCGAUGGCGUGGUGAAUAUGUUGCUGUUAAAAUAUUCUCAUCUAGGGAUGAGAGAUCUUGGUUCCGUGAGGUAGAAAUAUACCAAACAGUGAUGUUGCGACACGACAAUCUUCUUGGUUUUAUUGCUGCUGACAACAAAGAUAAUGGGACUUGGACCCAGUUAUGGCUAGUGACAGACUACCAUGAGAAUGGAUCACUAUUUGACUACUUAAUGCGAUAUACAGUAGAUACUGCUGGAAUGAUACGUAUGGCAUUAUCUAUUGCUACUGGCCUGUCUCAUCUCCACAUGGAUAUCAUGGGUAACAAAGGGAAACCAGCUAUUGCACAUAGAGAUUUGAAAAGUAAAAAUAUCCUUGUCAAAUCAAAUGGUACUUGUGCCAUAGCAGACUUAGGUUUGGCUGUGAGAUACGACUCAAAUACCGACACUGUAGAUAUUGUCCCUAAUAAUAGAGUGGGUACCAAGAGAUACUUAGCUCCUGAGUGUCUUGAUGAGUCAAUGAACAUGAACCACAUUGACUCCUUCAAGAGGGCAGAUGUAUAUGCCCUAGGUCUAGUAUAUUGGGAAAUUGCAAGGAGAUGUAAUACAGGUGGUGGGUGUGAGGAGUACCAAUUACCAUAUUAUGACAUGGUUCCCAACGAUCCAACCAUAGAAGAAAUGCGAAAGGUGGUGUGUAUGUACAAACAACGACCAAUCAUCCCCAACAAAUGGCAGUCCUGUGAGGACUUGCGGGUAAUGAGUAAAUUGAUGAAAGAGUGCUGGUACCACAAUGCUGCAGCUCGACUCACUGCCCUUCGUAUUAAGAAAACCCUCGCCAACUUGGGUGCCCAUGAUGACCUCAAGUGUUGAGCAGAGCUAUUGCCCAUUCCACCUGACCUCCCCCACCAUUGCUGUAAAGUGGACUCACCCAUGCUACACGGCCUCCCCCACCUUUCAUCAAUUAGUUUGCAUUCAGCCUCCUUGGAAAGAAGUUAUUUGUUCUGAUUCUCUCAGUUCCUGUUAGUAAGUAGCCAUUUCAUGAUUUACUAUGAAUAUUAUUUUUACAAAUGAAGAGUACAUUGACAUUAUUUUUGUUCAUGGAUUCUGAGAUAGCAGUAGGAGGGCAGCUGUUGUAGGUUAUCAGCGGCGAUUUCCCAAGCGUAGACUCUCGAGCAGAGCAGUAUUCAGUAGUGUACAUCAACGGUUGAGAGAAACUGGGUCAUUCCACACACGUGUCAGGGAAAAUGCUUUACAAUAAGGCAUUUGGGAACAGGAAGAGGUACUGCGAAUGGUAGAACACAGUCCAAGAGCAGGUGUUUGACAAAUUUUCCAUCUAACCAACUCGCCUCUAAUGCAUAUAUGGCAAACUUUACAUCAGCAGAGACCCAUCCCACUGUCAGCAUGUGUAAACUCUUCAACCCAAAUAUUAUCCUGCUCAAGUAGAAUUUUGUUGUUGGGUUGUUGAACAGCGUUGGCUUGUGAAUCGCAUUAUGUUUGCUGAUGAAGCACAACUCCAGUGUAUGGUCCCGACAAUCCUCACCACACUAUUGCAAGUAAAUUUCAGCGCUGAUUUUUGGUGAAUGUUUGGUGCGGUCUUAUUCACGACAGACUGAUUGAACCUUUUAUUAUUGAGGGAAGCUUACCAGCAAACUACUACCGUAAUAUCCUAUUGAAUGAGCUACCAGUUCUUUCGAAAGAAGUUCCUAUCAAGGCCACAUCAAACAUUUGGCUACAACACGAUGGCACUCUACCUCAUUUCAGCCGACAAGUCACAGAAUACAGUACUGGAUUCACUACUAUGGAAAUUGUUUGAUUGGUUAUGGGAGACCUCAGGCCUUACCUCUCAUGUUCAGAGCUAAGAGGGCAGCUGGGUAUUGAGAGAGUCGGUAAAGUUUUGUAUAUAGACAAGUUGAGAUGGUUUGGGCAUGUGGAGAGAAUGGAUGAGACCAACUUGGUCAAGAGAUGCAAGAGUCUAAAUGUGGAGGGGAAGAGAAUCGGGCAGGCCAAGAAUGACAUGGGGGAGAAAGUUGUAAGAAAUUACAUGAGUUAAGAACCUAAUGAGAGAGGCUGUUAAAGACUGUGCAGCAGGUAACCAUGGCUAACCCACGUAAGUGUGGAACAUGGUCAUAAAACAUUGUUGAUGAAAAUGUUCAGAAAAUUUUAAUCUAGGAGGAUGUGACAAAUAUUGAAGUCAUUCAAUUUAUUGCCACAUCAAGACUAAUUCGUUUAAGUCCAACACUUUUGACUCUUUCUUGGUUUGCAUUAUUUAGUAAAUCUGACUUGCUCAUUUUCAGGAUUACUGUAUAUAGUACAUUUUUUUUCACAAUUGUUAUUUUCUCUUAAUUGAGUGGUUAGAAACAGUAUUAAUUAUACUUACACAUUGCCUACUUAUUUGUUGCUGAUUCAUUCUAACUGCUAUGAAAGAUGCUCCACUAUUUUUAAAAUUAUUCUUUAUAAAUAAUUUCUUGUUCCACUGGGCUAAUAUAUCUACAUCACUAUAUUUACCAAGGUAAAAUAUUUUCAUGUAUAUUCUUUGUAAUUAUCUCAUGAUGCAGAAAGUGGUAAUAUACUGUGAAGGAAAAUCUACAUCGUUUACUGUGUAAGGUAACUCCUCUGAGAAUUUUUUCGUGAAAGCUUUUCCUGGUAUAAUAUAAGGUGGAUGGAGGCAAGCAAACACACACACACUCUCACACUCCCUGUUCUGCUCUCCUCUCCGUGUGUGUGUGUGUGUGUGUGUGUAUGUUUGUUUGUUUUUGCAAACUCUGUUAUUAUGGUGCAUAGUAACAGAAUCAAGAACAAACCAAACUCCCAUUCUUUCUCAUAACUUCUGCUAUAGUUGCAAAACAUUAACAGUACAGUACUACUAAGUUUUUUUUACUAGAUAAGAAUUGUUUUUAAAUUUCCUCCUGAAGCAUUUUUCAAUUCUCAUACUAUACUGUACACACAAUCAAAGAAGUAUCUUUAUGGAUGGGUCCAAUGAAUUUCAAAAUGAAUUAUUGUGACUACCGUCGUCUCGGUAGGGUUGUCAAAAUCUUUCGUCUGUUGUGUCAAAUUGUCCAGCAAAAAAUCUCAAGGAUACCUUUUUGAUAAUGUGUACAAUCUAAGAAACUACUAUCUAACCAACUUUGGCCGAUGAAUAUUGAAUCCUGGCGGAUUAUACUGAAAUUGUAAUUGUGGCAACAUCUGGUACGCCUGACUAGAUACGAAUGUCGAGUUGCUCAAUGAAUGAUGGUUCAAAAUAGUAUAGUGGACAUACUAUUCUAGUUGUGGGGUAUGGACACAUGUAAUGAAUGGUCAUCGGAGAAAGUAAAUACUGUAACUGUGGAAGCUACCUCUUUCCAAGGUCCCACAGAUCUGCUAACUGUUUGAGGUAUACAGAUGCUUGUGUUGGAUGGCUCAACUUAUUUGCAAUGUAUUAACCAAAACUUGGGAAGAUAGUUUUUCUUAGACUAUACAUGCAGUUUUAUGUUUUGAAUGCUUUUGAUUAAUUUUUUUUUAUCAUGACAUGAAUGUGUUUCUUGGUACAGUAGUAUCAAUUUUAAAUCAGGAGAAAGUACAUUACAGGUGUAUUUUAAUGUUUCAAUAAGAUUCUUAAUGCAAAUACUUAACUGAAUUAAUCAAUAUAUAGUUUACAAUAUGCAUUUUCUAUAUUUUUGCACUACUACCUAACAAAUUAGUUAUGUUUUAUGCAGACGGUAAAUAAGUUCUCUUGAAUUGUUAUAGAUAGUUCACAAUCAUUAUAUAAUGAACAUAUUUUCAAUAUGAAGUCAUUGGGAGGUUAGUUGCUGUAAAUGAGAUAAACACUUUGUAAAAUAGAGUGAAACCAAAAAAUAAAUAAACAAUUGUUAGAAAUCUGCCCAUUAGUCAGAUACUCUCAUAUUAGGCUCAAAGCUUUAUGUCUUUUAAAAUAACUUAAAAACCCUUGAAAUACAGGAGUAACAUGAAUGUUUAACUUUUGUUACUGUCAUAGGGCACAUCAAUAUUAUUUCAUUGUCUAAAAUCAUCCUUGUGGUGGUAAUAACAUAAAUGUCAAGGAGUCAGAGCCCAAGCAUACCUUAAACAGGCCCUGGCACUCAUCAGACAUGUGCACCACACUUUACCAACUAAAUAGACAGUAAGACCACUCACAGUAGUGUCAGAGACUUUGUCUCUCAGGCUCCAAAGCUUUCCAGGCCUCAGAACAACAGUCCUUCUAGUUCCUUCUAUGCUUGGCCCCAACAAGCAGUGCAGAGUUUUUCUGCUGAAUGUAUGUUCGUUCAAUUUUUGUUAUCAUAAAAUUCGGAACAGUUUAAUUCUGAGUAUGAAGUGACAACCGGUAAUUUUUGACAGUUAUUAACACCACACAUCAUUAAGCAUGGAUUUCUUGAACUGUGAUAUUAAUUUUUGUAUUCAUUUAUUUUUUAUUUUUCUCAAUUAGAAGUUUUACAAAAAAUGCUUUUUUUUUAGAUAGUUACAUGGGUCAGCCAUUUUCAUUUGUACUUUUAGGCUUAUUAUAAUAAAUUUACUUUCUGCGAAGGAUUUCUUUUCGUGUUGAUCAAUCAAGAUAUGGUAUAAACUAGAGUAAAUGUAACAUAUAUCUCUUAAAAAGAAAGGUUUCUUGAACUUGUGCAUAAUUUUUAACUUAUUCAUUUAUCAGUUGAAUAACUUUGCUUAAAAUUUCUUUUUGAUUUCUCAGGUGUCCCUGUGUACUUUACAGUAUGUCUCUUAUUUUAAUUUCUAUUUAUCCUACAAUAUAUAUUUGAAAGAACUUUUAAUGCCUUUGACAUUCUCUAGCAAAGAUACCAAAGAUAUUGAAGAUUGGUUUUGACUAGAUAAGCUUUACAGUUAGUCAUUGUUAGAAAGUAUGGUCACAUCUUUUCCUCAAAAAUUUUUGUGGUUAUAAUUCAUGAAAUGUUGCUAACAUGAUUUAGCUAAAUUUAUUAAUGUCUUAUGUUUACAUUUUUUUAUUAUUGGUUUACUUGAUAGGCAAUUAUAAGUAUAGCAUGACAAAUGACUAUUGUAUGCUUGUGUACAGUACAGUGUUUUGUUCUUAUGACUGUAAUGACCUGAAAAUUAUCCAGGAAUUUGUGUUUAUAUGCUCGUGCUUGCUCAUUGUUAGGGAUCAAACUUCUGUUGCCAACUGUUGAAUUGUGCCAACAGAUAGAAAUCAUCUCUGAAACCAAAGCUUGUGCACUUGCCUGCCAACCACAGUUUAAUUGCUACACAGGCAGAUUCAUUGUGAUACAGCGUGGUUAAUUAAUUGUAUUAGCAGUUCACAUCGAGUGAUAAUGUUUCAACUUCCCUGAGUAAGAGAAAAUAUCUUUCUGGAUGAUGUCCAGUGUCUUGUAUAUAAUCACAUUUUAUAUUAGAAUGAUAAUAGGGGUGUUGAGUAACUUUUUAGGAUGGAAUUGCUGCUUUUUAGUAAUGUUAGGUUAUAUGAAGUGAUAGGUAAACCAGAUACUGUAUAUAGUUAUAUGGGGCCUUGUUGUGGAAAUGCAAUAUCUUAGUGGAAAAAAUCUUUGAACAUCAGUAGUGGGAGAGGACUUGAGAAAAGAGACUGUGUAUGUGCAUGUAUUAAUAGUGUGUGUGAGAGACUGUGUGUGCGUGUAUGUGUGGCAGAGGCAUGUGUGUGUGCAGGGGUGAAUGUGCAUUUAUGUACAUGUGUGUAUGUUUGCACUCGUGCGUGUGUGUUUGAUGCACUUACUGUGCACUGUUGCCCUCACUAUCACAUUUUUUUUUUUUUUUUUUUUAAGGUUUCCCUGUGUAAGCAAAUACGGGUUUCUUCAGUAAGAGUUUUGUGUUUAUUCCUUAUUUGUGAUCUAGGAUGUAAUGUAAGCACUGCAAUCAAACUAAUGAAUGUUCUCUUACUAAUUGCAACACCAGAAACUUAAGAAUGAAAGAAAAAACAGGUCUAGUAAGAGAUAUUUACAGUUAAUGCUCUGGCUUGGCUCCUGGCACUUCAUCUCUCAGUGGUCAUUUUUAGCUGUAUUUAAUGUAGAACUUUUUAUGCCAUGAGCAAAUUUCAAGUACAGUACAUUAUUUAGCAGUUCUGUAUUAGAACUAUCAGACAUUUAUAAAAUGUAGAGGCAAGCAAAUGAAAACAAAAGUACCAUUUGUUUUUGUGCUUAUAGUAGAGCAUCGAUGGAUGGGGUACUUUAUGAGAAAAUUUUUUUGGCAAGGUAUUUGUGAUUUUUAAGCCAUGUGUAAUAUUGUAACAAAAUUCCCAUAUCAUUUUAUCUUAAACAAAUCGGUCCAAAAAAUUCAUCAAUGUAAUGUAAUGUAACACAUGCAGGCAUAGUAUUUUUUUUCUCUUCACUUUUUACUGUUUUAUGAACUUGUUUGUGUACGAAGAUGUAGUAUGAGCACAGUUAUCUAAUUACAGAGUGCUUAUUUAAUUAUUAAAACACUAGAAAGAGGUUUGAACAAUGUUUACUUGUGGUGACAGGGUGAUUAUGACACCAUGGUGCUGGGCAAAUUUGAAUAUGAAAUCACAAUGGUCACUGCCAGGGACAUAUAUUCAGUAUAUUUUUAAUAUAAUACAGUAAGUUGAUGUUUUAUAUUGAAAUAUUCAAAUAUGUUUAAAAUAUAUUUGGUAAGUAACUGGUAAUACAAUAUUGUUCUCAAAAUUUUGAUGGUGUCUGUAGUUUUUCAUUACAGUAUUGUAAACAAGGUGUAUGUAGAAAAAUAUAUACUAUAUAUUAUUUAUUAUGUGACAUACAUUUAAUUAAAGUAGUAUUGAAUAGUGGGAAGAAUACCAUAGGUGUAUAUACUGUAUAAUGAAGAUAUCUUGAUACCUGAAACAUUGCUGCACCCUGGAUGAUUGUCUUAUGCUAGCUUUGCCACUCUCAGGGCAUAAUGAAUUGAAACAAAAGGUUGGUGUUGACAGCUUGCUCACUUUCUGGGUGAAUGUCCUGGCUUAACUUGGAGCAGGAAUGAUUCCAGUAUGUUUUCAAUAUAUAUAUAUAUAUACCUGGUAUAUUUAUAUAUAUAUAUAUAUAUAUAUAUAUAUAUAUAUAUAUAUAUAUAUAUAUAUAUAUAUAUAUAUAUAUAUAUAUAUAUAUAUAUAUAUAUAUAUAUAUAUAUAUAUAUAUAUAUAUAAGGGGUAAUUUUUUAUACAACUUAUUGUAUGGGUGUGAAAAAUGGACUCUGGAUGGAAGAUGUAAAAAUUUUUGUGAGAGAAAUGAUGCACUUGAGAACAAAUGUAAAUAGAAUGCAGAGAAUAAGGAAGAUAUGUAGAAAUGAAAGAAAUGUUGUGUAAAAAAGUGGAGAAGAGAAAGAUAGGUAAAAAGAGUAUACGAUAAUUAUAAUAAUUCAGAGGUGGAUAGUAGAAGGGAGAAGAAAAGAUCAAGGAGGGCGAAGGAUGAGUAAAGAAUACCCUAAACUGUAGAGGAUGGGUGUCCAGUGUGCAUGGAGGAGAGCUGACCCAUAUAUAAAGUGUAGGUAAUAGUAGUUUAUACAUUAUUAAACAGCUGUGAAAGAUAACUAUUUAUGUGAUUUCAGACAAUUUUCUUCAUUUGUUAAAAAAAAUAUGAACGUUCUCUAAAUUGACUUUCUGUAAAUCCCAAUAAUAUUUUAGGAACAGCAGUAUAAAUAUUUGAUUCUAAGAUUGAUUUGGUCACCCAAAUACUUCAUUGUUGGGUUUCAGAACAAAUUUCCUCUCUAUUAUCAGGCACUGUAGCCUCUUCAUUAUGGAAAUGUCAAAUAGCCCCGGCGGGGUAAUUAGUGGUCGUAUAUGACGCUUGGAACAUUUUAAUUACACAUGUCAAUGCUAAUUACUCGCCAAUUAUGGGUUUCUGAGGUUCAAUUUAGGUGUUUUUCCGUUAUUCUGGAAGUACUGUACCGUGUGUGACCACCGCCCGUGACCCCACUUGGACUUACCCAACCUUAGUUAUUCCCAAGUGAACCGCUGCCACCUAGUGGCUUAUCCUUCAAACAGACUGCGUUGAACUUGGCCCGUAAACUCUCACAAGUUUAAAUGUUUAUAUUGUUGACUAUAUAUACUUAUUUCAUUGUUACAUUUUCGUAGUUCCUUACUCUUAGGUGAUGAAAUGGUAAUGAAUUGUGUGUGUGAAGAUUAUUCUUUUAAUAAAUAUUGCUUUACUCACCGUAAACUGGCUGCAUCUACCUGAACUGCGACUCACAAACACGUGGUCCGGGCCGCAUGUGGCCGCGGGUUUGCCCAUGCCUGCAUUAGGUGAACAAAUGUUCAUGCUUAGUUAGGUUAUGUUAGAUUAUUUUAGGGUAGGCAUGGUUUUUGUAUCAUUAUGAUAAAUAUGUAAUUAUUUCUUGUACUGUACAAGAGUAAACCCAACCCAACAUAACGUGUAACUUCCAAACAAUCCCUAAUGUAGCCAAAUUCAGCAUGAAAAUAUCAGUUGUUCACCUAAUAGCUGAAUCCAGCAUGAAAAAAAUAAUAUUUAUUAUUAUAAUUGUUGGCUAUUAUAGUCAGAAAACUAAUUUGCCUAUUUUUGCAGUCAUCAAGAAAUUUACAACUGAAUACAUCACAUCAAAAGUCUUUAGAAAACAUACGUUUUCUAAAAAGAAAGCGACACUUGUUUAUUCUCAGGGUGGGUCUCCAAUGCGAGUCGGGUGGUGGACAGUUGACCUGGCGGGUUCUCCGAAGUCUGGACGCAGUUGCCAGCAUUUGUUGUUGCAAGCCAUGUAAUUGUUACUUAAAUAUUCUCUUAAGGAGUGCUUACCGUAUACUUUUAUGGUUUAAAUAAAAGAUUUGAGAAAUUUAACUUCUCGUCUAUACAUUAUGUGAACAGUUGUCUCUCGAGCAAGGCAAGACAGCUGACAGUAUACAGUACUUUACUUUAUUCUCUUCGCCAAUGAUCAGCCUAUUAACCGCUGGGAUGGUUGGUCACGUCUCUGUUGGCAAGUACCAGUACUGUUCUGGGCAUGUUCUGUAUAGGUCUAAAAUAUGAAUAGGAUAAAAUAAUAAUAUUGAUAAAACAAUUGUCCUUUUUUUCAUGUAAUACUUUUUGUAUGCUACAAUGUAUAGCAACAAUUUCUUUCAAUUGAAUUUUGAUAUGCUGGAAGUGUCUGGCAACUUGUUGAUUAUAUCAUAGUCUCAAAGACUACUUACAUUAUCAUCACUGAUUGACUUUUCACGUAUACCUGUCUCGUCAGUUUCAGUCUCGAUUCUUUUAUAAUUUAUUAUAGUCCUCUUAAGAUGAAAUAAAAGUACAUUUUAUUCAUUCUUUAGAUAGCUACAUUGUCUGGCAUUGUGAUGAUAUAUUUACUAUAUCAUUUUGUGAAACAUCAUUUGUCUUUUGGCAAAUCUCCCUUGGAUACAGUAUUGUGUUUUAGCUCGAUUAUUUUUUAUUAAUUUGACAAUCUAGGUAUUCUAGGGUGAUAGGUUAGGUGAGUAUGUUGGGUCAUACUUUGAUACUUUAGAAUGCAUUUGAUUACCCAGGGAAGGAUUGUACAACAGAUUUGUGUUCUUUGAAGUACAGUAUAGGGAAGGGCUCCUUGUUGCCAAAAGGGGACAGUUGUAUGUUACCAUCUCAAUUUUGUUCUUGAAAAUGAAAGUAGAUUCCAUAGGCAUGACUACUUGUUAGGGACAUUGCGGACACUGCUCUCUGUAUGCUGAAGAUUCAGUAUGUAAGGAGGCAGCGUGGCUGGCAUUGCACUCCGUCAUCUUCACUUUCCCAUCUUAUAAAAUUAGGGACCCAUUUACAUCUGAAUGGACCAAGAGAACCCAGAUAUUAAACCACCUAACCUGAGGACAGGAGUUAAGUGCUAUAGAUAAUGCUGAUGCACUUAAAGACCUACGAAAAUCUUGCAUCACGAUAUCGUAAUGUAUUUGAGGCACCCUACAUGGUAAGGGUUACUCAGUCCAAAAUUUAAAAGCCGAGAAAAAUGCAUUAAAGUUUUUCCAACUUCAAACAUGCAUAACUUUGUUGUUUUUUGAGAUACAUCAUUCAAUUUUGAUGCAUUUUGAAGCUAAAGGACUGCACUUGCAGAUGGUAGGUAGUGCGUCAUGAAGUAAUGUACUGGGUUGUUGCAAUGUUGAAUUAGGGCAACAAAAACUCGCUUACGGCUUUUUUUUUUUACUUUAAUUGAUAUCAGAAUGUAGAUCCGCCACAACAAAAGAGAACUGAGGGAGAGAGAGAGGGAUUCCGGGCUCAUUGGCUGGAGGGGCCUUGACGUAGAUAGAAGACACUCACUGUCAUUGGCCGAGAUGGGGAAGGAGGCUGCUGGCCGCCUGCUCCUGUCACUCACUCGCUCACGGGAUGAUAGCACCUGACGACGCGAAAGCCAAGCCCAUACUUUCCUGUCUGCCACAAAUCGAUGUUCUACCCUAUUUUCAAAGGGCUUUCAACCUUAUUUACAGUAUAGUAAUGAGAUCUUAUCAACUACUGUACCAUCGUAUAGAGCUUUGCCGAAAAUACACUAGUGCUUUCCCCCCCAAAACGGGUUUUGCCCAGGGUGGUCUGAGUGAACCUUACAAUGCGGGGGGCCUCAUUUAUCAAUUUAGACAUAAUUCUGCCAUGACCUUUCUUGAACAAAAAUGGUGCUGUGGUGUCCUUACAUUCACUGCACACCACAUAGCCAAUUUCUGCACCUAACAGUAUUGUUACAUGUCACUGAGGUGGAGUUUCCACCCAGAAGUGUAUAAUAUUGUUUGCCUCUUUCCAGACAAAUGCCUCAUCAAAGAACCCUGGAUAACUCUUAGCUCUUUUAAGAAAUGCUAACUCAGAACUCGAGCCUUUCACCCUUAAUUUUAUGCUUUCUGUUGUAUUUGACACAAGAAAUUUUGAAGAUUAUUGUAUCCCACUGCUUUUACUGGUAUUCAAAAUAAUAUUAAUUUCUGGAGUGUCUUCAGUGUAGUAUCAUACGGUCUGAAUCAAGGUGUAGGCUAAUACAGUAUAGUACCUGUAUAUAGAUAGGCCACUAAUAUUACCAAUUCUUUUUUUUUUAACUCCACCUGUUGGAAUAUAUUAGACAGUAAAUUGACCUUCUAGUUACAAGGUAUACUUUGAGGAAGCAACAUCUAAAGUCCUUCUGUGUUAAAUAACAUUUAGAAAAAAAUUCCAUAACAUUCUAGGUAAAUUUUUAGGAGAAAAUUUGUAUUUAAACAGCUGUGGUCUUGGAAUACAAAUUUUCAUAUAUGGUAAUCCAUUUAUAAAUCCUUGCUGUAUAGUAAGUGGUACACUGAAAUAAAAUUGACUUUUUUUUUAUAUGAAUGCAGUACCUGUAUACUAUGAUAUUUUGGGGAUUAAGUCUUCAAGUCUUAGUAAGGUUAGAAUCAAUGGUGUGAUAAUGCUCUGUAAAGGGGCCAAAGCUAUUAAGAAGUUUUAAUAACUUUUCAUCAACUUAUCAAAUUUUUUGUGGAAUAUUCAACUUGGCAGUGUACUAAAAGUGUUUGCAACUUGCACACAUUUAAAAAAAAAUUUAUUAAAGUAAAAACAAAAUGUCGAUUACACUGAAAUUUAAGACGGCUUAUACUCAAUAGUAUGUACAAAUGAUCAUCAAGUAUUUUGUCCAGUGCAAUUAUGUUUGAAAAGUAUUAUUUGCUCUGAAUUUAUUGUGUUGUAAUACCUUCAUUACGAACUUGUAAUUAAUCGGUAAAAUUUACCCAAGUGUAGCAAAGAUAUAGAAAUUUUCGUUUCUCAGAAGUAAUUAUGCUUCAUGUCGGUCUGGGUGCAGCCGACAGUGAUAUAGGACAUUGUGUGGAAUUUUAAAUAAAUAAAAAUAUUUACCUGGUUACACUUAAUUUUCAGUAAAAUGUGUGAGAUUCAUAUUAAGGAAUAACUGACCAUUUACGGAAUGUAGAGCACAAGUUUAUAGUUCACAUUUUCCUCUUGCUGGUGGAAUAAUCCAGUUAGAAGUAUAAAUUAAAGAACAUAUUGGGUACAUUAUGUGGGAGACAGUGCUUUCCUUAGUUGAAUGUAUCAUAUGUGGUAAUAUGCCAUUGUUUAAUUUUUAACAAACUUUACAGCUAUUUACUAUGAGUUGUUCUCUUGAAUCUUAGUUAGGAAUUAAUCUUUACAAAUUUGUAAUUUUGCAGUCCUUUUUUUUUUUAAAUAUUGAUAUUAAUUUUUUAACAUUUCAUGAUCUUUUCAUGUUUAUAAAAUUGUUUUGUGGUCUUGUAACUUAAAAUUUGUUUGUAUUAAAGAGAGAGAUGAAAUACUGUUUGUUGCAAUUUCUAGUAAAGGUUUUCCAAGGCAUUAACCAACUACCAGACAUAAAGUUGUCAUUAUGAUUUUUGUCACUGAUGAAAACCUUUAAGUACAAGUUCCGUGAUAAUGGAAAGUGUAAUACUAUCAGAAAACACAUAAUGGGAAACCUUACGAACCAUGUAAGGUGUGGUGUUAGAGAUUUUGUUGUCACCCAGAACAUAGCUGCUUCACUAUGUUCAGCCGUUUUUCCCUAAAACAAUAAGACUGAAAAAAAAAAGAUACAGUGAACCCUCACUUUACGCGGUCAAUUGAACCCACGGCGGCCCGCGUAAAGUGAGAAACGCGUAAA